UCGCCCUUCGGAGCUGCCAUGGCUGCCAUUGCCAAAAACAUCACUUUCUGUGUCUUUCCCUUGUUGUGGUCGGUCUCUUUAGGAGGCAGCUUCAGCAAGACAACAAUAAGGGGGCCCAAGGUUGACUUCUACAUUCGAACUACGUGGCAUGGCGAGCCGGUGAAUCACGAUCCCGUAAAAGUGACUAUAGGUCGUAUCAACCUGACGGAUACAUUGGUCUAUGUUCAAGCACCUUACUUCCAUGGUCCACCAGCAAAAGAAAACGAAGAUACAGAAAGUGUUCAAAUCUACUUUCUCAGCGCCGAAACACAGUAUUACUUACUCAUAGAGCUUAACCCGCACAGCCAGUACCGCGCACAACUCUUUCGUGGUCUAGGACAGAGCAUAAGGGAGAACCUGCCGCUUCAAUAUGUUGCAAAUAUCGUGGGCAAGUACUGGCACGGCGAAGCUCACAUACCCGAAGACUACUAUCCCCCGGGUGUAGCAAAGAUAAAUAUCUAUGCCCAGCACACGGUGAAAGGUAACAUCACCUACGAGGCUUUGUACCCGGUACCAAAAGAUCUGUACAGGUUUCCGCAGAUACCCAAGCUGGAAUACUUUGAGUAUUUGCCGAGGGAAUUACAAGGACCGGGGAAGCUUGCUCCAUCAGCAGUUUGGGAAGAAGCUCUUCAAAGCAACAGUGCAUCUACGUCCGUCACGAGACUACAAACAUUGCUGUCUACUUUCUUUCUCUUCUCCGCGGUCGCAUGCCAAGCAUAGGCAAAUCAUCAGUAAGCCCUGCAAACGUGUACAAAUUUUCG